GCAAAAUCAGAUUCUGAGGAUUUGUAGCAAAGUCACUGGGUUUUGGAGAGGAAGACUGGACUCAGAAUCCUCCCAGGACUUUGAAAGUUCAUCGCCAACCUAAGACAAUCCGAGGAGGUAGGAGACAUUGGAAGGAAGGAAGAAAGGAAGGAAGGAAGGAAGGAAGGAAGGAAGGAAGGAAGGAAAGAAGAAAACAAGACCUAGAGAUAUAGCUAGAAGUGAACACUGCAUAUCUUGGAGUUUUGGAUGCAUUCUGGACAUCUCCUCAGGAUGAAACUUCAGACAUUUUGGGGAUUUUUUUGAAGACCACCAUAACGAAGAUACAUUCUCAAACAGAAAAGUUUGGAUGGGAUCAAAAAUGAAUCUCAUUGAACACUCCCACUUACCUGCCACAGAUGAAUUUUCUCUUUCUGACAAUUUAUUCGGUGUACUAACAGAACAAGCAGCAGGUCCUCUGGGACAGAAUCUAGAAGUGGAACCAUACUCACAAUACAACAACAUUCAGUUUCCCCAAGUUCAACCACAGAUUUCCUCAUCUUCCUAUUAUUCCAACCUGGGUUUCUAUCCCCAGCAGCCUGAAGAGUGGUACUCUCCUGGAAUAUAUGAACUCAGGCGAAUGCCUGCUGAGACUCUCUACCAGGGAGAGACUGAGGUAGUGGAGAUUCCUGUGACAAAGAAGGCCCGACUGGGUGCAUCAGCAGGGAGAAUAAAAGGGGAUGAGCUCUGUGUUGUUUGUGGAGACAGAGCAUCCGGUUACCACUAUAAUGCACUGACCUGUGAGGGGUGCAAAGGUUUCUUCAGGAGAAGCAUUACCAAAAAUGCCGUGUACAAGUGUAAAAACGGGGGCAACUGUGUGAUGGACAUGUACAUGCGAAGGAAGUGCCAAGAGUGUCGACUAAGGAAAUGCAAAGAGAUGGGAAUGUUGGCUGAAUGUAUGUAUACAGGCUUGUUAACUGACAUUCAGUGUAAAUCUAAAAGACUGAGGAAAAACGUGAAGCAGCACGCAGAUCAGACCAUUAAUGAAGACGGUGAAGGGCGUGACUUGCGGCAAGUGACCUCGACAACUAAGUCAUGCAGGGAGAAAACUGAACUCACCCCAGAUCAACAGAAUCUUCUUCAUUAUAUUAUGGAUUCAUACAGCAAGCAGAGGAUGCCUCAGGAAAUAACAAAUAAAAUUUUAAAAGAAGAAUUCAGUGCAGAAGAAAAUUUUCUCAUUUUAACUGAAAUGGCUACCAGUCAUGUACAGAUUCUCGUAGAAUUCACAAAAAAACUUCCAGGGUUUCAGACAUUGGACCAUGAAGAUCAGAUUGCUUUGCUGAAAGGGUCUGCAGUUGAAGCUAUGUUUCUCCGUUCAGCUGAGAUUUUCAGUAAGAAACUUCCAGCUGGACAUGCUGACCUAUUGGAAGAGAGAAUUCGAAAGAGCGGUAUCUCUGAUGAAUAUAUAACACCUAUGUUUAGCUUUUAUAAAAGUGUUGCAGAAUUGAAAAUGACUCAAGAAGAGUAUGCUCUGCUUACAGCAAUUGUUAUUCUCUCCCCAGACAGACAAUACAUAAAGGACAGAGAGGCAGUAGAGAAGCUUCAGGAACCACUGCUUGAUGUGCUACAAAAGUUGUGUAAGAUUCAUCAGCCUGAAAAUCCUCAACAUUUUGCCUGUCUUCUGGGUCGCCUGACUGAGUUGCGGACAUUCAACCAUCACCACGCAGAGAUGCUUAUGUCAUGGAGAGUGAAUGACCACAAGUUUACCCCGCUUCUCUGUGAAAUCUGGGAUGUGCAGUGAUGGGCAUUGCAGGGGCAGGGUCUAGCUCUUCAUUUUCCUCAUAAUAUAAAUCCUAUAUAUAACUUUCCUUUAUUUCAUUUGUACCUGGUUUUAUGCAAGAAUUCUCAUCAAUAUUUAUGUGGUAGUUAUAUAACCUCCACAAUUGUAAAUGUGGGGCUAGGUUGAAAUACUUUCUCUACAUUUUAUUCUACAAGGCUUCAGGGAAUCUUUCACUCAAAUUGGUAUGCCCUUGUUUGCCUAAUUAAAUUAAUCAUUACUUCAAGUCUAUCUGUUGAAAUAAGGAAAAUCUCAUUUUGCUCUUCAUCUUACCUUACUGCAUAUAUUUUAUUAAAAGGCUGUGUUCAAUUUGGGCAAUAAACUGAACAUAAUGGCAACAGGCUUUUCUUUGGGAACAAAAUUUGAAAAAUAUACAACUUAUUUCUUUAAAUGAUGAAUAGCAUCCUAUCGAAUCUGAGGGGGUAAUUUCCAAAAAGGCAAACUCUUAGGACAUAAAUUGUGCUUUUCUCAUCCCUGGAAGCCCUGGUGAAUAUUCAUUCAUUUUCCAUAGCCCCCUGAUCAUUUCAUAUUCUUUGAAGUUCAAAGAGAAUAGCAUACAGAAAAGUUAAUUAUUGUCACAUGAAACAUUCCCUCAAGCAAUCUCUUUCCUUAGUUAGGGUCUUGAGGCAGCAUUUACAAAUUCAGAGUACGCAGAUAACUCCAGUGAUGGGACAUUCCAUUUAGUCUCUUAAAAGUGCUCACUAUUGGCUUUAGUGCAUAUAAUUAAUCAUUUUUCUUUUGUUUGUUUUGUUUUUGGAAAACACUCCUUCAGCAGGGUGCACAGCUGUUGUAUACUUCCCCUAAGGCAGGAAUUAGUUCAUUUCCUUCCUUCAUUGUUAUACUGUUGCAUUCUUCUCCCCAUUUUCCUUUGGUGAAUACAAUAAAACACCUAUAAGUAAUGGGCUUAUAUGUCCCUUUCUCCUGAA